AUGCAAGGAAAGCAGCAGGGCCUGAUGACCACCUCCAUUGUGCCUGUACCAGAAAACUCCACUGCAUCCUGCCUUAAUGACUACCGCCCAGUAGCGCUCACCCCCAUCAUCACUAAGUGCUUUGAGUGGCUGGUCCUGGCACACCUCAAAACCUGUCUUCCUGCCACCCUUGACCCUCAUCAAUUUGCUUACCGUCAGAACAGAAGCACGGAGGACGCAGUUUCCACAGCGCUGCACUCAGUCCUCUCUCACGUGGACAAUAAAGACACCUAUGCCAGAAUGCUUUUCCUGGACUUUAGUUCAGUGUUUAACACUGUCAUCCCUUCCAAGCCCCAGCAUGUUCGGAUAGAUCGCCACUGCUCUUCCACCCCUCUCUUCACCUAUGACUGCAAGCCUGUACAUAGUUCCAACACAAUUAUCAAGUUUGCAGAUGACACCACGGUGAUUGGACUCAUCAAAGACAAUGAUGAGUCAGCUUAUAAAGAGGAGCUGGACCGUCUAGCUGAGUGUAAACUCCAGGGAAAGAGAUUAGAAUCACCAGCACCCAGUUGUAUCUCCAUGAAGAGUGAUCAGUCUAUGGAUUCUCCUAUGAGGCUAAAAAAUGGAGACCAAUCACUUCUACACAGGAACGACCCUGAUCCUGCUGCUGUAAAUGAAGUCCAGAAAAAGUUCAGAUUAAAUCUGAUGAAGAAGUUUCAGUGUUUGAAUGGAGUGAUGAUAAACCUGGGAACCCAAACACUCCUGAAUGACAUCUACACAGAGCUCUACAUCACAGAGGGAGACAGUGGAGAAGUCAAUAAUGAACAUGAGGUGAGACAGAUGGAGGCAGCGUCCAGGAGAACAACAACAGAGGAAACACCAAUCAAAUGUAAUGACAUCUUUAAGCCUUUAUCUGAACAAGACAAACCCAUCAGAACUGUGCUGACAAAGGGAGUCGCUGGCAUCGGAAAAACAGUCUCUGUGCAGAAGUUCAUUCUGGACUGGGCUGAAGGGAAAGCCAAUCAGGACGUCCACCUCAUAUUUCCACUUCCUUUCAGAGAGCUGAAUUUGAUGAAGGACCAGAAACUGAGUCUGAUGGAGCUUCUUCAUGUCUGUUUUAAGGAAACAAAAGAAACAGAAAUGUCCAGUUUGGAAAAGGUUCUGUUCAUUUUUGACGGAUUGGACGAGUGUCGUUUUCCUCUGGAUUUCCAGAACACAGUGAGAGUGUGUGAUGUAACUGAAUCAGCAUCAGUGCAGGAGCUGCUGAUAAACCUGAUCAAAGGGAAUCUGCUUCCCUCUGCUCUCAUCUGGAUCACCUCCCGACCAGCAGCAGCUGAUCAAAUCCCCUCUGAGUGUGUGCAUCGAGUCACAGAGGUACGAGGGUUCAGUGACCCACAGAAGGAGGAGUACUUCAGGAAGAGAAUCAGUGACCAGAGCCUGGCCAAUAACAUCAUCACACACCUGAAGUCAUUAAGAAGUCUCUACAUCAUGUGCCACAUCCCAGUCUUCUGCUGGAUUUCAGCCACUGUUCUAGAGAGAAUGUUGGGUGAAGCAGAGAGUGGAGAGAUCCCCAAGACUCUGACUCAAAUGUACACACACUUCCUCAUCAUUCAGACAAACAUCAUAAGAGAAAAAUACUCCAAGAAGCAGGAGAGUGAUGAAGAAAUGCUUCUUAAACUGGGACAACUGGCUUUUCAGCAGCUGAAGAAAGGGAACCUGAUCUUCUAUGAGGAAGAUCUGAGAGAGUGUGACAUUGAUGUGAGAGAAGCAGCAGUGUACUCAGGUGUGUGUACACAGAUCUUCAGAGAGGAGUUUGGGCUUCACCAGAGUAAAGUGUACUGCUUUGUUCAUCUGACCAUUCAGGAGCAUCUCGCAGCUCUGUAUGUGCACCUGACCUUCAUGAAGGAGAAGAGAAAUGUUCUUAUACAGAAUUGUGUCUCCACACAGAAGACGGAAGAAAUUAUGAUCUUCAAUUUAAACAAGAGUGCUGUAGAUCAGACUUUAGAAAGUCAGACUGCACAUCUGGAUCUUUUCCUCUGCUUUCUUCUGGGUCUUUUACUGAAUCACUCACUCUCAUCUUUUACUUUCACCGAUCAGAAACUCUUACAUGCUUUAGUAACACAGACAGGAAGUAGCUCCCAGAGCACAAAGGCAACAGUCCACUGUCUGAAUGAACUGGGUGAUAAUUCUCUAGUGGAGAAAAUCCAACUCUACCUGAAAUCUGGAAAACAAAGUGACCUCUCUUCUUCACAGUGGUCUGCUCUGGUGUUUGUGUUACUGACCUCAGCACAGGAGCUGGAAGAAUUUGACCUGAGUAAAUAUUUCAGUACAGAUAAGAUAACAGAAACUGUUGUUCUGAAGAUGAUGCCUGUGAUUGCAGCAUCCAGAAAAGCAAUUAUCAGCUGUGAUUCACUUGGAAUGAAAAGUUGUUUAGCGCUCAGCUCAGAAUUCUCAAAUCUGAGAGAACUGCAUCUGACUGUGAAAACACUGCAUCUGUCCUAUAAUUAUCUAGGAGUCUCAGUAGUGAAGAGUCUCUCUGCUGUACUGGAGAAUCCUCACUGUAAAGUGGAGACACUGGGGUUGCGUGAUUGUGGAGUCUCAGAUGAAGGCUGUGCUGCUCUGACUUCAGCUCUGAAAUCAACCCCCUCACACCUGAUAGAACUGAAUCUAUCGACUAAUAAUCUAGGAGACUCAGGAGUGAAGAGUCUCUCUGCUGUACUGAAGAAUCCUCACUGUAAACUGAAUAUACUGGGGUUGUGUAAGUGUGGAGUCUCAGAUGAAGGCUGUGCUGCUCUGACUUCAGCUCUGAAAUCAAACCCUUCACACCUGAGAGACCUGGAUCUGGCUGAAAAAAUACUACGAGACUCAGGAGCAGUUUUGGUCCACCACAAGAUAAAGACCCCUUCAGGAGUGGUGGUCAGACAGUGGCCAUAUAAGGUUCCUGAAGCAUGCUGUCCAGCUAUAGAAGCAGUUACGAACGAGGUUCUCCCAUUUGGGCUGGACAGUGUGCCUGCAGACUUGAUGAAGAUUGUGCACUCCUCCAACCGAAUGGACCACUUUCACCACCUGGGGGAGAUACUGCGACCAUUCUGGAAGGCUGGGCUGAUGACCAACCUGAGCAAGUGUCACCUGGGGCUGGCCAAGGCACAUUGCAUGGGGCAGGGCCUUCUACAACCAGAAGAGAAGAAGAUUGUCUGA